CGUCUGCACCAAUCAGAGAUAAACGUUGGCCAUCGUGGGCGGGACAAAGGGAGACGCUUACAGACCCACGCAGCUACUCUGGGUAGAUGAUCGAAAUGGCGGCGCCAGCAGAAGGGAUGGAGGUUUCCCAGGGGGAGAGCUCAGCCAAGCCUGCAGCUGAGGACAUGACAUCUAAGGACUACUACUUUGACUCAUACGCCCACUUUGGAAUUCAUGAGGAGAUGCUGAAGGAUGAAGUUCGCACUCUCACGUACCGCAAUUCCAUGUUCCACAACAAGCACCUUUUUAAGGACAAGGUGGUGCUUGAUGUGGGCAGUGGGACGGGUAUCCUUUGCAUGUUUGCUGCCAAAGCCGGAGCCAAGAAGGUUAUAGGGAUCGAGUGCAGCAGCAUCUCUGACUACGCUGUGAAAAUUGUGAAGGCUAACAACCUUGAUGAUGUGGUGACCAUCAUUAAAGGAAAGGUGGAAGAGGUGGAGCUGCCUGUGGAUGGAGUAGACAUCAUCAUAUCAGAGUGGAUGGGCUACUGUCUCUUCUAUGAGUCCAUGCUUAAUACAGUUAUUUAUGCCAGAGACAAAUGGCUGAAACCAGAUGGACUCAUUUUUCCAGAUAGAGCAACCCUUUACGUCACUGCCAUCGAAGACCGACAGUAUAAGGACUACAAAAUACACUGGUGGGAGAACGUGUACGGUUUUGAUAUGUCCUGCAUCAAGGAGGUGGCAAUCAAGGAGCCCCUGGUCGAUGUGGUGGACCCCAAGCAGCUGGUCAGCAACUCCUGUCUCGUCAGGGAGGUGGACAUCUACACAGUGAAGGCCGAAGACCUGACGUUCACGUCCCCGUUCUGCCUCCAGGUGAAGAGGAACGACUACAUCCACGCGUUGGUUACCUACUUCAACAUCGAGUUCACCCGCUGCCAUAAGAGGAUCGGCUUCUCUACCAGCCCAGAGUCUCCUUACACCCACUGGAAGCAGACCGUCUUCUACCUGGAUGAUUACCUGACUGUGAAGACUGGAGAGGAGAUCAUUGGCACCGUCAGCAUGAAGCCAAAUGUCAAGAACAAUAGGGACCUGGACUUCACCAUAGACGUGGACUUCAGGGGCCAGCUAUGUGAGAUGUCGAAGACGUUGGAGUACAGGAUGCGUUAGAAGCCUUUCCCUCCGUUCCUGUUUUUGUCAUUAGUAGAGGACAGAUAUACAGUUUGGGAGUCUGAGCGAUAGUCUGACGCUCCCGCAGCAACAUUUUAAAGACAUCACUUGUUCAAACAUUAACAGUAUUUAAAUGGUUUUUGUGGCUUUCAGUUCAAAGUGCAUUGGCGUGGUGCUUCAUUGUGUCAUAUACACUCAACAAAAUGUAUGUUAGCAUACGAACGUUUGUCCCAACACCUCGUUGGGUUCAACUUUGGGGUUCAGUUUAUUUUGCAUGGGAGAAGUUAAUACAGACGCAAACUCAGCCUGUCCUUCAUUUGAACGGUAACCAUGGCGUUGGAAAGGACGCUGUUUGUAGACGGUUGCUGGACCGAUUCUUACUGGACUUUUAGGCCACACCCCUUCAGUUCCACCUUUCCUCAGCUUGAACAGUGUGUCUGUCGAUGGUAACAGCUGUGUUGGCACUCUGCACAGACCGCUCUGACUUGUCACAUUUUCAGUUUUCUCUUUUGUAUUGUUUCUGGCUGCCACUUUUUUUUCUUUUUUUUUUUUUUAAAUAAAAUUCAUAAACUGUA